AUGGAAGAACAUAAGUUGAAAGGACAUGUUGGAGUUUCUCACGUCCUAAAUUCCUUAAGAGAAAGAUUUUGGAUAUUAGCUGGAAGAAGAGUUGUGUCAUCCGUUUUGAAAACUUGUAUAACCUAUUAUGCUGGACCUAUAUUUCUAAGAGACUACAAGAAGGCAUGGAUUUGCCUAUUCACUUGCGCAGUGUACCGUUGUGUUCAUUUGGAACUGGUUACAUCCUUAACGACAGAUACAUUUCUACAAGCGUUUCAUCGUUUUUCUGCUAGACGUGGGAAGCCAUCCAUAAUUUAUACUGAUAAUGGAACAAAUUUUGUUGGAGCAUGCAAUGCACUUGCUUCAAUCGAUUUCAAUGAAAUUGCAAAAAAAGGAGCUAAUGAACGUAUUAUUUGGAAGUUCAUUCCCCCAGGCGCUCCAUGGUGGGGUGGCUGGUGGGAACGCCUCAUAGGAAUGAUGAAAAGAAUAUUAAGAAAAGUUCUUGGGAGAGCCUGCCUUAGUUAUGAGGAAAUGUGUACCGUUUUAUGUAACUGUGAAGCUAUCCUAAAUGAUAGACCUUUAACAGUUGUAUCGGCUGAUUCAAGUCUCACUUCCAUAACACCUGGAAAUUUUUUACGAGAAAUACAAAACUAUUCAGUGCCAAUUGUGAAACAUGACUUCAAUUCUAAGCUUUUAUAA